AUGAGUGAGUGCGCCGAGUGGAAGGUGGACGGAAAGUGGACGGAAGGUUGCUCGCACGAACGAAUGUCGCGCGAAGGGAAAUCGAAACUCGAAAACCGACACGGUAGACGAGGCUUUUGUUUUUCGGAAAAGUCGACCGACUUGCGAACGUUCCAGCACCGAGGAGUUCCAGAAAAAGUGCGACUUGGAUGUGUGUCGCGCUUUUUCGUGACGCCACUCGACGUCGAGCGAGUAGGUUUAAUUAUUAGUAUCGGAAGAUUGAUUCGGUACCUGACGUGCUUCAGCCGCAAUGAUGUCAAUGGCGGAUUGUCUGCGUCUCUGUCGGACGUGGUUCAGUGCUUCUGA